AUGAUGUCGGUUGGAUUGUGUGGUCUGCUUUUCUGCAAGCGACUCUCAGUCACCCGGAUUGCUCCUCCGUUGACCCUGCGGCCCUGGAAACAAAGGAAGCAUGGCAAUAAAACAGAUAUCCUUACCCCCUUCAGGUACCAGACGACUGAGAAAUUAAAACUAUGCGAACAUACUGGCCGAGAUGCGCCACCGCCUGCCCACCAGACGACCUCAACAUUUACGACUCUGCUCUUUCCUGACGGACGAGUAGGCCUCUUGUGUAGCCACUUCUUCUUGUCCUGCAACAAGCAGGUAACCUCAUCUGCUGUCCAUAUUUGCUUAAUCGCGGAUGCCCUUCCGCGUUUUCUGUACACUCCCAUUUAUGACCUCACGCCUCGUCUGCCGGGACUACGUGUCCUCUCUGGCGUCGUGACUUCUCCCUUCUAA